CUGUUACAAAUGAUGGAGGAUUCCCUGCAAGGAAAUCUAUCGUGAACGUCGCGGGCUCUGUUCUUGCAGGGUCCCGCAGUCUGAACUAAUUGUAGGUGUUUUAUCGAAGUGAAAGAAUGAUCCCUCCACCACCUCCAGGUCCCCCGCCUGAUUUGUCGAGUGGUGGACCUCCGCCACUUCCCGCAGAUGCAGGAACGAGUUCUGGACCUCCAGCACCCCCACCAGCAGCUGCUCUUGAGGCUCCCAGUGCUCCUACAGCCUCUGAACCAGACGUGCUGGCUCCAGCCUCUGAUGUGCGAUCGUGGGAAAGGCCAUGGAAGCCGGAUGAGAUGAGAGGCAAUGUUGGAAAUUGGACGCUGGCUGCAGAUUCUGGUCUACUGCUGUAUAUAAAAGAUUUUUCCAAACGUAUGACCGAGCGUAUUGCAGACAUGACGACGCAAGUGGAUGGCCUGGGGACGGAAUCGAAGCGUACAGAGACUAGGCUACAUAACUGUUUCAACGAUUUCCUCAUGUUAUCCAGUGUUCAGUUUGUGGAGAAUCGUGUGUACGACUUCGAGGAAACCAAGGAGGGUGAUACAGUUUCUGGUACGGCUGAGGAGAAGCCAGAAGAGGCUCCUGCUGACAAAAGUGGCGAGAGUCAACCCGAGGAGGAGAAGACCAGAGAGCAGAGAGAGGCUGAACUGAUACCUCGCAUCACAGCCGCACUGAAGCUCGGUGUCGAUGUCAUGCAGAAUUCUUUUGACAAGAUCGAGCCAGCGCAGGAGAGUAGCAAGCAGAAAGAUACUAGCGGUAACGGUGGUGAGGGGGAUGAUGACGAUGAUGACGACGAUGAAGAGGAGGAGAAAGCCGAGAUGGAGAACAUGGAGGCAAUCUUCGAGCCAAAAGAUCCGUAUGCUUUGCGCCCUCUGCCGUACGUGAUUGGUUCAGUCCAGUUCUUGCAGAGUGACGACGUUGGAUUGUUACUCGCUGAGUCGGAUGAAUCAGGAUACGAAGAUGAGGAGGAGGAGGAAGAGGAAGAUGAUAGUGAGGCAGAGGAGGAGAAGCCAACGGCGAUUGUGUCGGACGACGGGUUUUCGGACGAUCUGGACAAAGACUCGGACGACGAUGAUUCGGAGAGUGACGAGGAUGGAGAGUCGAAACCUCGUCGAAGCCGUGCCACAAAGCCAUUCGCUAGUGAUGACUCGGACUCGGAUGAAGAUAGUGAUGACUGGAGUGAUGAGGGCAGUAGUAAGAAAGCGCCUGCCGCUCGCGGUGGUGGUGAUGACGACGAUGAAGACGUCCAAGAGCCAAAAAGUGACUUCCAAUCAGAGCUGGCAAGCAAACUAGGCCUGGCCGCAGUAGCAGCACCACGGAAAGCCAGCGGCGUCAAAGGGUCAGAGGACGAUGAAGGCGAUGAUGAUGACGACGAUCACGUGAGCCAAGCUAAGCCGACGCGGAAAGCCUCCGUAAGGAAGUCUGGUGGUGGUCUUUUUGACGAUGAUGAUGAUGACGAUGACGUGAGCCAAGCUAAGCCGACGCGGAAAGCCUCCGUAAGGAAGUCUGAUGGUGGUUUUUUUGACGAUGAUGAUGAUGACGACGACGAAGGAGACUUGUACGCUUGUACUUGUACGGCAGUUGAAGCCAGCCGAGCAGAACCAGCAGCGGCGACAGGCAAGAAGAAACCUGCUGGUGCAGUGUCCAUGUUCGGAGGCGCAGAUCCGUUUGCAGCCAAGAAGAGCGUUCCGGCACGGGAGCCAGCAGAUGCACCUCCGACUUACACAUCCAGCAAGAAACCUGCUGGAUUGUUCGACGACGAUGACGACGACGAUAUGUUUGCUGCGCCGAAAGCGAAAAGCACAGCCGCGCCGGGCAAAGCAGUGUCAGCUGCCAGCCUGCCAAGCGAGAAAACUGGCGGUGGAGGUGGGUUGUUUGGUGGAGAUGACGACGACAACGACGAUAUGUUUGCUGCGCUGAAAGCAAAGUCGAAAGCGGCUACGCCUGAAGAUGAUCUUUUCUCGGCCCCAGUUUCCGCAGGUGCUGCCUCCACGGCAGUUGAAGCCAGCCGAGCAGAACCAGCAGCGGCGACAGGCGAGAAGAAACCUGCUGGUGCAGUGUCCAUGUUCGGAGGCGCAGAUCCGUUUGAAGCCAAGAAGAGCGCUCCGGCACGGGAGCCAGCAGAUGCACCUCCGACUAACACAUCCAGCAAGAAACCUGCUGGAUUGUUCGACGACGAUGACGACGACGAUAUGUUUGCUGCGCCGAAAGCGAAAAGCACAGCCGCGCCGGGCAAAGCAGUGUCAGCUGCCAGCCUGCCAAGCAAGAAAACUAGCGGUGGAGGUGGGUUGUUUGGUGGAGAUGACGACGACAACGACGAUAUGUUUGCUGCGCCGAAAGCAAAGUCGAAAGCAGCUACGCCUGAAGAUGAUCUUUUCUCGGCCCCAGUUUCUGCAGGUGCUGCCCCCACGGCAGUUGAAGCCAGCCGAGCAGAACCAGCAGCGGCGACAGGCAAGAAGAAACCUGCUGGUGCAGUGUCCAUGUUCGGAGGCGCAGAUCCGUUUGAAGCCAAGAAGAGCGCUCCGGCACGGGAGCCAGCUGAUGGACCUCCGACUAACACAUCCAGCAAGAAACCUGCUGGAUUGUUCGACGACGAUGACGAUGACGAUAUGUUUGCUGCGCCGAAAGCGAAAAGCACAGCCGCGCCGGGCAAAGCAGUGUCAGCUGCCAGCCUGCCAAGCAAGAAAAAUAGCGGUGGAGGUGGGUUGUUUGGUGGAGAUGACGACGACAACGACGAUAUGUUUGCUGCGCCGAAAGCAAAGUCUAAAGCGGCUACGCCUGAAGAUGAUCUUUUCUCGGCCCCAGUUUCAAAAUCGAGACUGAGUCAAAAGCAAAAGGACGCCAUCGCCAUCACAUUCAAAGAACCGGGCAAACCUUUGCCGCGGAAGCAAGAAGUGCCCGCCACUGUUUCAUUCGAUGAACCGGCCCUGGUCAAGACGCUAUCUUCGGCGACAAAGAGCCGUGCCCGUGGGCCAAGUCAACGUCCACCGCGUCGCCAGGCUUCUCGUUCAUCUGCAUCGGGUGAAGAGGACGAUUUGGAGAAGUCACUAGGUGUCAGCGUAGUGACCGGCUCUCCGAUCUCAACCAUAGCCAAACCCACCGCCAGUGUUGAUGAAGAUGAGGACUUGUUUGCUGCAGCUCCUGUUGAUGAUCUGUUUGGUUCACCAUCCGCUACCGCUGCGCCGUCAGCGACUGAAGCAAGUGCUUCUGCUGCUGCUGCCGCUGAUGCUGGGGAUGAGACAGCAGCGACAAAGAAGAAAACCAAAAAGAAGACGGCUGGUAAGAAGAAGAAAUCUGCGGCCGCUGCUGCUGCAGACAUCUUCGAUACCGGUGCCAGUAUUUUUGACGACCCGUUAGCUGGAGCUGCGAAUGAUGACAUCUUUGCUUGAUGUGUGUGUUUGGGUGUGUGUACGCGCACCUGUGUGCCUUUUUGUGUUUUCUUUUCCGCUUAUGUUCUAUCUUGUCCUUUGCUCGUUGUCAUCCACUGUGUACAUGUCGGUACGUGUACUCGUUACAUGUACUUCAACUACAUGUACAUGUGUAUACACAAGAGUGUUGAUGGCUUUGCCGACUUUGUCAUUUCCUUGCAGUCUGUCCCCGUGCUAUUCGCUUUUACAUUGAUUUUUCUUUUUUCUUUCUGCUGUUGCUGCUGGUCAGCUCAGACUUAUCUUUCAUAGAAUUAUUGCUGUUUCAUAUAGAGCCGCCAAACACACACACACACGCUCACACUUAUCAGUCUUUCAUAUCUCCUAGAGUUUAUGUUGUUGUUUUUUUAAUAAAUAUGUGACCUGGUUGAAAACGUUUCCUCGGUGUUCAUUGUUAUUUUUUGUUCCUUUAGGUUAUUUUUACCAGAGAUUUUCUGGAACAUAUUUACGCAUCUGAAAUGCUGUGUGCUGUAUAGCAUGGCCCGUGCCGUGCGUUUAAA